AUGGCAACGAUUUAUUAUUGCCAAAUUUGUGAAGAACUUAUAGUUGAUGAAGAUGAAUUACCUACAGUAGGAGAUUUUUGUUCAAGAAAAUGUGGAAAACUUUUUGAUAAAUACGGUUUGGAAGGGGGUAAAAAAGAAUUUAGAAAGAAGGGAAAAGAUAAUGUAAAUCGAGUAGCAAAUGAUGUUCCUGUUAGAAAUUUGCCAGCAGAAUCCAUUCCAGAAUUAACUAAUAAAAAUUCAUUAAAAAAGAAAAAAUCUAAUGUUGAUGAUGAUAAAAAUGUUGUUUUUAAGAAUAAUAAUUCUUUUUUUACUUUUAUUGGUAAAAAUAAGAGUAAAACUGAUCUUAGUAAACAAAAGGAUUAUGAUGAUUCUUUGGAAUAUUUUAGAAAACAAAGUGAAAUUGAACAUUCAAUGAGAGAUGUUCCUGAUAAAUCUAACAUACCUGAUAAUACUAUUAAUAAACAAAAAGAACAAUUAAAUAGACCAUCACCUUCUCAUGUAUCAGAAAAUAAGAGAAUUGCAACACCGCCUCCACCUCCCCGUGUAGAAAAUAAGAGAAUUGCAACACCGCCUCCACCUCCUCGUGUAGAAAAUCAAAGAAUCGCAACACCCCCUCCUCGUGUAGAAAAUCAAAGAAUCGCAACUCCUCCUCCUCGUGUAGAAAAUCAAAGAAUCGCAACACCCCCUCCUCGUGUAGAAAAUCAAAGAACACCAACACCCCCUCCUCAUGUAGAAGAUCAAUUACAAGCAGAGGACCAAUCAUUAUUAUAUCCAGAUAUAAAAUCAAAUAGGCCACCAAUAGAAGACUUCGAAAGUCUUGAUAUUAAUGAACCUCCUCCAUCUUAUGAUGCACUUUUUCCUGAUCCUCCACCUCAACCUGUAAAAGUGGAAAAAUCGUUACCUAUUCAACCUACUGAAAAGAAACCUAUUGUUACUGAUCAAAAGAAGCCUAUUGUUACGGAUCAAAAGAAGCCUAUUGUUACGGAUCAAAAGAAACCUAUUGUUACUGAUCAAAAAAAACCUAUUGUUACGGAUAAAAAGGAACCUAAUACCAAAGCAGUACCCCCACUUUUACCUCCAAAAGUUCCUCCAAAAGUUUCUAUUCCAACUGCAACGAGAGAUAUCACACCACCACAACCACAAACAACACACCCUUAUUCGAAUCAAUUCAUCCCCAAUAAUUUCUCUCCAGAUAGUAAUAGUUAUCAACAGUAUUAUUUUCAACAAUUUCAAUUUCAACAACAAUUUCAACAACAAUUUCAACAAAAUCCACAUUUUCAACAAAAUCCACACUUUCAACAAAAUCAACAUUUUCAACAAAAUCCACACUUUCAACAAAAUCCACACUUUCAACAAAAUCCACACUUUCAACAAUCACAAGGUACUCCAAAUGAUACUUUCGUUAAAGAUCAGGAAUCUCUCCCUUCUACGGUUUAUCCUCCUCCAUUUUACACUACUAGAUUUAACAAAAAUAAUGGUGCAUAA